GCCUCCGCCGGCCAAUAUUUAAGUAACUCCCACACUUUCUUCUUCUAAUUUCUUCUCUCGUGUCAAGAAAUUGCUUUCUUCUUCUUCUUCUUCUGGUGUGGGUUUAUUAUAAUUUUCAAAACGAAAAAAAAAUGCGAAGCUCUUGUUGUACAAAGCACUUCUUCCGGCGGUUUUUCACCGAUGAGUUUCAAAUCAACGGCGGCGGCGGCGGCGGCGCUCUUCAAAGCACUUUCUUGUCUCCUGAGCUUUUGCCUUCUCUUGGCGCUAGUAUCAAUCAAACCACUCACCUUCGUAAACAUAUAAUUUCUCCUUUCAAUCCUCGUUAUCGAGCAUGGGAGAUGUGGCUGGUGGUUCUAGUGAUAUAUUCAGCUUGGAUUUGUCCAUUCGAAUUCGCAUUUCUUCCUUACAAGCAAAAUGCUCUAUUCAUUAUAGAUCACUUUGUCAAUGCCUUCUUUGCCAUCGAUAUCAUUUUAACUUUCUUCGUCGCUUAUCUCGAUUCUCAAUCCUAUCUUCUCGUCGACCACCCUAAAAAAAUUGCACUUAGGUAUUUAUCAACCUGGUUUAUAUUCGACGUCUGUUCUACUGCUCCAUUACAAUCAAUAAGUUUCUUAUUCACAAAUCAAACCGGAGAAGUUGGGUUUAAGCUUCUCAACAUGCUCCGGCUAUGGCGACUCCGACGGGUCAGCUCUCUUUUCGCAAGGUUAGAAAAGGACAUAAGGUUCAAUUAUUUCUGGACCCGUUGCACAAAGCUCAUUUCGGUUACAUUAUUUGCAGUACACUGUGCUGGGUGCUUUAAUUAUGUGAUAGCAGAUAAGUAUCCAGAUUCAAAACAAACAUGGAUUGGUGCUGUGAACCCUAAUUUCAAAGAAGAAAGUUUAUGGAACCUUUACAUUACUUCAAUUUAUUGGUCUAUUACUACCUUAACAACCACUGGCUAUGGCGAUCUCCAUGCUGAAAACCCUAGAGAAAUGCUCUUUGAUAUCUUUUAUAUGCUCUUUAACCUGGGCUUCACUUCUUAUCUCAUCGGUAACAUGACCAAUCUCGUCGUUCAUUGGACUAGUCGCACUCGAAACUUCAGAGAUUCGGUGCAAGCUGCGACCGAAUUUGCAUUGAGAAACCAGUUACCAGAGCGAAUACAAGAUCAGAUGUUGUCACACAUAUGUUUGAAGUUUAGAACUGAGGGGCUAAAGCAACAAGACACAUUGAAUGAGCUUCCGAAAGCCAUUAGAGCCUCCAUAGCUCACUAUCUCUUCUAUCCUAUUGUUCAAAAGGCAUACCUUUUUGAAGGAGUUUCUCAUGACUUUCUUUUCCAAUUGGUCUCAGAUGUGGAGGCUGAGUACUUCCCACCAAAGGAAGAUAUUAUCCUUCAAAAUGAGGCUCAAACAGAUCUCUAUAUAUUGGUCUCAGGCAGUGUGGAUCUAAUAUUAUCCCAUGUUGAUGGCCACGAUGAUCAUGAUCAAGUCAUAGGAAGAGGAACAAGUGGAGAUAUGUUUGGAGAAUAUGGAGUUUUAUGUCAAAAGCCACAACCUUUCACAAUUAGAACCACAAAGCUUUCUCAAAUACUAAGGCUCAAGAGAACUUCUUUAUUGUAUAUUAUUCAAUCAAAUACAGAAGAUGGGAAUAUUAUAAUGAACAACUUUUUUAUGAAAAUGAAGGAAUAUGAAAGAAUGUUGGGGAAUAUUUGGUGUGAUAAUGGAGAACUAAAGAAACUUGAAAAUCGUUAUUCUAAAGAGGAUGAUGAUGAAAAUUAUAAUAUGGGAAUUAAUGACAAUAAUUUAGAUGAACAUAGAAUUGAGUUUGACGAUCAUGAAGAGGUUGAAGGGGGUGAAAAGAAUAUAAUUAAAUUUUCUCAUAACAACAAAUUAUUACAAGGGAGGAAUAGUAAUAAUAAUGGAGGUCAAACUUCAGAUAUUAUAAGUUCUUCAUUAGAAAAUUUGCCAACAAUUAGCAGCUCUAAUUACUUGAAUUUUUCUAAGCAAAUCAAGAAGAGGGUUACUGUAUAUAUGCAACCUCAAGAUAGAAGCUGCAAGGUCAAAAGUCAACUUGGAAAGUUGAUACUUCUCCCAGAUACGAUCGAAGAGCUCUGCAAAAUCGCUGGUGAAAAGUUUGGAGGGCAAAUAAUGCCUACAAAAGUGAUGAGUGCAGAUAAUGCAGAAAUUGAUGAUAUAAAUGUGAUUCGUGAUGGUGACCAUUUGUUUCUUCUUUAUAAUCAUAUUCAAAAUUGUGGUCUCCAAUGAUCCUUAAUUAACAAAAAAAGAAUACUCUUUUUUUUUUCUUUUUUCUUUCAAUGACAAAAUAACAACACAAUUGAAGGCUAAGGCAAAUGCUUGUAAGUUUGAGGCAACUUGUUAAGAUUAUCCACACAAAAAAAUCUGUCACCAUUUUGUCUUGAGAGGGGAGAAAAUGUCUAUAUCAAAUCAUCAAGUCCAUUAAAAUGUAAUCUUUGAUUUAUGGAAUUUUUAGGAGUG